GGGAGCUUCGGGCAGGCGGCGGCGCCAGAGCGAGUGGAGCGCUCAGGGGUCGCGGGCGGCGGCGGCGGCGGCGUAGAGGAGGAAGGCGGCGGCGGCCCCGGCGGCGCCCCCCCGGCCGGCGCGCGGCCCGACCCGGCCCGCGCCCCCGCGGCGGCUCCGCCACCCAUCGCGCCCCCGCUCCCGGGCUCCUCCUCCGCCGCCGCCGCCAUGGCCCGGCCGCUGGUACCCAGCUCACAGAAGGCGCUGUUGCUCGAGCUCAAGGGGCUGCAGGAGGAGCCGGUGGAGGGCUUCCGGGUGACCCUGGUGGACGAGGGCGACCUGUACAACUGGGAGGUGGCCAUUUUCGGCCCCCCCAACACCUACUACGAGGGCGGCUACUUUAAGCCUGCACCCAUACUCGGCACUGAUGGGACAACAGGGCCAGCCCUUGUUGAGUCCUCCUGCUCUCUGCCCACCCCCCAGGCACGCCUCAAGUUUCCCAUCGACUACCCUUACUCCCCACCAGCCUUUCGGUUCCUGACCAAGAUGUGGCACCCCAACAUCUAUGAGACAGGGGACGUGUGCAUCUCCAUUCUCCACCCCCCAGUCGAUGACCCCCAGAGCGGUGAGCUGCCCUCGGAGCGGUGGAACCCCACCCAAAAUGUCAGGACCAUCCUCCUGAGCGUCAUCUCCCUCCUCAACGAACCAAACACCUUUUCCCCAGCUAACGUGGACGCCUCUGUGAUGUACAGGAAGUGGAAAGAGAGCAAAGGCAAGGACCGGGAGUACACAGACAUCAUCCGGAAGCAGGUCUUGGGGACCAAGGUAGACGCGGAGCGGGAUGGUGUAAAGGUGCCCACCACGCUGGCUGAGUACUGCGUGAAGACCAAGGCCCCGGCGCCCGAUGAGGGCUCGGACCUCUUCUACGAUGACUAUUACGAAGAUGCUGAGGCUGAAGCUGACAGCUGCUUUGGGGACGAUGAGGAUGACUCUGGCAACGAGGAGUCCUGACACCAUGUCCCACGCCGAAUAAACUUACAGAUUUUACCUCACCAGGCCCAGACUCUGUGGGCUCUCGGGCACCUCCUGACGCCGAGACUACCUCAGGGAGGUGGCUCCGCUCUUGCCUUGUCUCCUUGGUCUCGCUUUCCUUUUCCCAUGUUUGUUCUGGGUUUUCCUCUGCUUCAGAGAGGAGGGGCCCCGUUAGUGCUGGGCACCUGGUGGGCCUUGGGGCAAAGGUGGCCUGAGGGGCCCGGACUCCAGCCCUGUCUACUGGAGCCAGAGACUUGGGGCUCCCAGCUCAUGAGUGGACAGAUUAACUUGUCGUCACCUCUUCUCUCGGCUUUGGUUUGUUUGGAAUCUAAAUAAAACAACUUUAUGAGAAGCCCAGAGACCAACCUUUCCUUGGCCUCCCCAAGGACUACAGGGUACAGUGGCCGGGCCUGAUGCCUGCAGCACCUAAGUGCAUGGAGCCCAGGGGCAGGCCUAGCACCUGGGUGCACUCCUGAGGCUGAGGAUGGGCCCAAGGUCCUGAGCCGUAGGCUGGAAACAACCUGCCACCUCCAGCCCUCAGGUGGCUCCACCCUACUGCCUGCAGACGCUGCACCCAGUGUCACCCAAGCCUCUGACUUUAUUUCUGUGUAACUGAAAAGCCUGGAGCAAGCUGGAUCCAGGGUCCGAUGGUGACAUCAGAACAAAGGCCCGAGUGAGCCCUGGCCUGACUGGUUACUGUGGCUGGAGCCUGUCUGACCCCCAUGCAGGUGGCGGACAGGUGCACCUGGGCCCUGGCAGACCCCGUAGAGCCUACGCACUUGGUCUGCUUCCUGCUCCAUGAAUGCACCACAGCCCCAGUGCCACAAGCACAGCUUUUAUAGUUGGCCCUCACAAUUUUGUUUGUUUGUUAACAUGAAUGAUUUUCCUACAUUAAAAUGUGCAAAGUUUCA